UUGCUUCUUUUUCUUCUUUUUUUCUUCCUUCUUUUUCUCUAUGGCGAUGAUGAUGACUGAACACAGAGAGGUAGCGACGAAUUAUUAAGUCAGACAGCAGUCAUGGCACCAGCAGCUGAUAACAACAAUCAAGAUUUGGCAACGAAGAAAGCGAAGUUAGAUUCAAAUUCUGUCAUUGGUGGAGUCGGCAAGCCAUCGAGAGUUAUUCAUAUACGAAACAUACCAAAUGAAGCUAGUGAUGCCGAAGUAAUAAAUUUAGGCCUACAAUUUGGUCGCGUUACAAAUGUUUUGGUAUUGAAAGGAAAGAAUCAAGCAUUUCUUGAAAUGGCAGAUGAAAUUUCAGCAACAGCAAUGGUGUCAGUUUUCAAUACAACACCACCAACAGUUCGUGGACGAACUGUUUAUGUUCAGUUCUCGAAUCAUCGGGAAUUGAAAACUGAUCAAAAUCAUUCAAUUACGACUCCAGCUUCAGGAUCUCCACUGCCAUUGGUAGGAAACGAUCCUACAUCUCAAUUGGUAUCAACACCACAAUUAAAUGGAACUGGUGGUGCUAAUACCGUUCUCAGGGUCAUUGUAGAAUCGCUACUUUAUCCCGUAUCACUUGAAAUUCUUCAUCAGAUAUUUCAGCGUUUCGGAAAAGUGCUGAAAAUUGUUACAUUUACGAAAAACAACUCAUUCCAAGCCCUCAUACAAUAUCCCGACGCUCAAACCGCUCAACACGCCAAACAAACUUUAGAUGGACAGAAUAUUUACAAUGGCUGUUGUACAUUGCGAAUCGAUAAUAGCAAAUUGACUGCACUGAAUGUAAAAUAUAACAAUGACAAAUCGCGUGAUUUCACGAAUCCAACAUUGCCGGCCGGUGAGCCGGGCAGUGAUUUAAUUGCAAGCGCUGGUGGUCUGGUUAAUGCAAGCGAUUUAUUAUUGUUGGCAGCUGGACAACGUCCCGCCCUCGCACGAGAUAGAUUAGUAAAUGGUAUGGGAACACCAGGUGUAUUGCCUCCAUUUACAGCAAUUGGAUUGGGGACGCCAGCAUUGGCUAAUGCUUAUGGCAGGGGGAUUCCGAGCUUAGGUGCAUUUGCUUUAGCAUCAACUGGUGCUCUUGGGUCUGCGAACCCAGGUGCUUUACGUGGAUUAUCCAACGUUUUAUUGGUAUCCAAUUUAAAUGAAGAGAUGGUCACGCCUGAUGCUCUUUUUGUCCUCUUUGGCGUUUAUGGUGAUGUACAACGCGUAAAAAUUCUUUACAACAAAAAGGAUUCCGCAUUAAUUCAAAUGGCCGAACCACAUCAAGCUUAUUUAGCCAUGACGCAUUUGGAUAAGCUGCGCAUUUGGGGAAAGCAAAUACGUGUGAUGGCAAGUAAACAUCAAGCUGUUCAAUUGCCGAAGGAAGGACAACCCGAUGCUGGACUGACACGAGAUUAUUCUCAGAAUCCAUUGCAUCGCUUCAAAAAACCUGGAAGCAAAAAUUAUCAAAACAUUUAUCCACCAUCGGCAACAUUGCAUUUAAGUAACAUUCCAGCUACGGUAACCGAAGAAGAAAUUAAAGAAGCAUUUACAGCGAGUAAUUUCGAAGUGAAAGCAUUUAAAUUUUUCCCGAAGGAUCAUAAAAUGGCGCUUCUGCAGCUUGGUUCCAUCGAGGAAGCCGUUCAAGCUUUGAUUAAAAUGCAUAAUCAUCAGCUGUCUGAGUCUAACCACUUACGUGUCAGCUUCUCCAAAUCCAACAUUUAAAUUGCUUUAAACUACAUAUAAACGCAAAAAAAAUAUAUCAUAAAUCGCUACUUCAGCGAAAUGAUGAAGAUGAAAAUAUCGGGAUCAAAAUAUCAUCAUUCUUAUCUACAAACUUUCGCUUUCGAAUCUUAAAAAAAUGAUUGACAAGCAACAACAAAAAACAAAAAUAUUGAAAGAAAAGAAAAACAGGAAAUUGAACUGAUCUGAUUAUUUAUAAUACUUUUUGAUUUCAAUUCAUCCGCGCAAUCUAAACGUAAAAAAAAUGAUUGAGAGAUAAAUAAAACACAAUGGUAUGGAUUUUACGAUUGCAUAAUAUUAUUUAAGGCAUAAUCUUUUAUCAUUUAAUAUCUAAUUUCGGUUUUGUCCGACUUUUUUCCCGUAGAGAAAAAGAAAAAACUUUUCUUCGUUAAUUGUUGAGAAUUAUAUUGUUCAAUUUUUUAUGAUUAAUUAAGUGAAAAAGAGUUUACAAGAAUGUGUUAAUUAAGUAUUACAUUUCAUAAUUUAAUAGGGCAAGUGGUGUAAAGAAGUGAGGGUUAAAUGAAGAGAUGACAAAAGACUUGUUGUUGACACGACAACCGAUAUCGUUUAUCGAGGUUAAAUGUCAUGUCAUCUCUUGUUUCCCUCUUAAUUAACUCGUGUUUAAUGAACAUUUGAAUUAAGGACUAUCAAUAAGAUAUCAAGUAUUUGAUUACGGAAUUUCUUUUAUAAUUGCAUCCAUGAUAUUUUAAUCUAAUUUUUAACUUUAUUAUUCCCUUUUAAUUCAAGAUUCUGAGACAAUGAAAAUUGAUUAAUGAUUGAAACAAGCUAAUUUAUGAGCUCGUUAAAAUUUAUUUCUCAUUCAUCAAUUUUCAUUAUUCGAAGCUCAACUUUAAAUUUAUUUGAUUUUUAUUUUUAAAUUUCGUCGAUAUACUUUAAUGGUUCUGAACCAGUUUAUUUUUAACCUGACACAAUUUUAAUCUUCGGCGAAGAGAGUGCGAUUGAAGGAAAACAGAAAAACAUUUAAAUAUGUUUUCGAUAGAUUUUCCGGUUGGAUUAUCACGUAAACCUAAAGAACGCGCGAGCUGAAUGAUAUCAAUAUUAACAUUAUUUACUACAUUGAAAGAUUCAUAAGAGAAGAAAGCAAGAAAACAUGGAAAUUUGCCAAGGCGAUUCAAUGAAAAUCCCUCGGAAGAACAUUACAAUUUUAUUUCGUUAUCCUAGAAAAUAGCGAGAACAAAAAAUCUAUUGAUAGAAAAAUAAAAAAAAAGUAUAAAAGUAAAACAGCAACAACAAGCAUUACAAUAAAUUUUCACUAUUUGAGUCUCCCAAGAGUAUUAUUAAAUAGUGUUUCUCGCCAGUCCGGAAAGUAUAUAAAGUAUCGGAGACGAUCCUCAGUGGAACUAUAUAUUUUACCCAUAUUACAAACAUAUGUUCAUGUCCUGAUUCUAGCUGAAGCUAAAUUUCUGUUCACAAAUCGAAAAAAGAAAUAAAAAAGUUCUUCUUUCAAGGAAUUUUCCUAGGAAAAAAGAAUAAAUUACAUUCUGCAAAUAAAAAUCGCAGAAAAGAAAAAGAAAAUCUUUGAAUGAAUGUGGAAAGAAAUGAGAGAAGCGUCAUCAUAUUUCAAGAGGGAAGAAAAGUACCCUAAGUGAUUGAGGACGUAGCAAUUGAAAGUUGGAGAAAAGGUAGAAAAAAAAGAAGGAAAUGUUGAGCUUAGGAAAAUAAAAGAAAAAGGAAAAAAUUUCUGUUUUUCUUUCAUUCCCAGACUCGUAGUGGUUUUGCUGAAGAGCGAAAUAAAAAGAAAAUGCAAAGUGGAAAAGAAACAUUUAAAUUAUGAAAUCAAUUGAAAAGAAGUUAAAAUAAAAUUGGGAACAUGAAAAGAAAGAUGAAAAUGAUCUAAAUGAUGAAAAGUUUAAUCUGUACGUGAAAAAUGUUUCUUCUUUUUUGCAAAUUUAUCACAAUGACAAUCACUUCUCUAAAAUGAAUUGAAUAGCAAGAGUUAUUGAAUUUUCUAAGCUAUUCCAACUUUAUCAUGAAUAUUUUUUUGCAGUUCUUUUUUAUCACAUCUUGACCACAAAUCUUGAUGCAACAAAAAAGGAAAAGAAAGAAAACAAAAAUAUCAUUGAUUGGAAUUACGGACCAAACAACAAAAAAAAGAAAGUUUAAAUAAAGUCAAAGCGAGAGAAUUUUCUUCUCCUAUAUUUAAAGAAAAAUAAUCACAAGACAAAACAAUGUAGUGAAAAGAAUUCAGCUUAACUUUCAAGCUCUAAUUGCCAUGCUCAUAACUCACACCUGCUAUCAAAAUGAAUUUAAAUACAUUGUGCAUUACAAUAUAAUUAUCAAAUAAUUGUGUAGGCAGAUUAAGUGGUAAAACGUGUUAAGAGAAAAGGUACUAAGAAGUUUA